AUGGCGGAAGAUUUAGCAAGAAGUUGGGAAUCCCUGAAGCUAACGGACGAAGAACAAGAGGAAAUCAUUCUGUCUGAGGAAGCAGUGUCCCUAACUGCUGCAAAAGCUAAUAAGGAAGCAUUCAAGGAAACGAUGUCAAAGAUGUGGAAAAUUGAGGGAUGGGUCACGUUUAAAGAUCUGGGAACCAACCAGUUUCUCAUAGAUAUGCAGUUAGUCUCAGACAAACAAAAGAUACUAAAGGGAAGGCCGUGGUCCUUCGAUCGCCGUCUAGUCUGCUUAAAAGAGUUCGAGGGUGCAUUAACCAUUUCAGAAGUCCAAUUCCAGUACGAACCUUUCUGGUUCCAAAUUCAUAACCUGCCAUUUGCUGGAAUGAACAAAGAAACAGGUAUGCUUGUGGGGUCAGGAGUUGGGAAGAUCCUUGAAGUUGGAGUUGAUAUAGAGGGUUACGGAUGGGGUAGCUUUUUGAGAGUCAAAGCCAAGAAGCUGAUUCCCAGGCGACGGUUCCUCAAGUUUGGAAACAAACAAUACUGGUUAUCAUUUAAAUAUGAACGCCUUCCCAUGUUCUGUUUUAAGUGUGGUUUUUUCAUGCAUGUCAAUGGAAGCUGUCGAAAUAGAGAUUCAGAGAACAUUACUAAAGCUCAAUACGGUCAAUGGCUGAGAGCCAGCCCUUUCUCUCCAAGAGGUGUCUUCCUGAAAAAAUAUGGUGGUACUUAG